AUGAUGGCGUGGUCAACACGCAACUCGAUUAUCCCGGAGUCCUCGUUUCCAUGGUCUGAUGGCGAGUUGGAGAAUUGGAGAACCGAGUAUCUCAAACAGCCCGAGACUCUUUUCAUGUCCCCGUCGCCUGAUCCAUCGACCACCAUGAGGACGCCCACCGCUCGGCCUCCUUCAUACAACUAUCAGCAACAGUUUCCCUCCAACCAGCUUCCCUCCGCACAGUUCCCUUCUACGCCGGUUGCCCUUGGGACAAUGCUAUCUCCUAUUCCUUCGCCGUCGUACCUAGACCCAAGCACCAUUAAGCGGUCCAUCAGCAACCACAGCCCAAGAUCCGUUCCAACCCAGGCAACUGCCACCGUACUUUCCCCAGCAAGCCUCUACGACGUCAGAUGCCCAAGUCCAUGGGAUGAUCUACCAGUCUCAACGCCUAUAAUAAAAGAGACGCUUCAGUCAGAAUCGGUUGAGGCAAAGACGGAGCCUAGCCAGACGAAAAUGCCGUGUCUUUCUCGUGGCCGUACAACCAAAAGAAAGGAGACCGAGAAUUACGGAAAUUUCAAAUGCGAAUGGAAGGGCUGUCAAUAUGAUCGCCUCUUCUCGCGCAAAGGAGUGCUCAAGCGGCACAUCCAGACUCAGCAUCUCAAUCCUCGGGCUUUCAAGUGUCCCUGGUGUAAGCAUGCUUCGAGUCGACGGGAGAACUUGAAAGCGCAUAGACAAUCGAUUCACAAGGAAAUGUUGUAA